CGGCGCCCGCGGCCCAUGGACCCGCCGCCGGAGGUGGCCCCCGCGUCUCUGCGGUUCGCCGCCGCUGCUAGCUGGCUGGCCGUCCGCCAGCGCCGCGUGGAGCACUUCCCGAGAGUGGUCGAGUUCCUGCAGACCCUGCGCUCGGCUGCCCCCGGCUUGGUUUGCCACCGGCACCAUGAACGCCUGUGUAUGGGCCUCAAGGCCAAGGUGGUGGUGGAGUUGAUCGUGCAGGGGCGACCCUGGGCCCAGGUCCUGAAGGCCUUGGACCAUCACUUCGCAGAGGCCGGACCAGUACCGCUGGACCCUGCAGCUGUGAGUAAUCCCAGGCCAAACUCGACAGAGCAAGAUAGGAAGGUUUCGGAGGCCCGGGAGAAUUUCUACCUGCACGUGAAACAGCUGUCAGAGAGCCCUGAGGACGGGGCCUCCAGCCGGCAGGAACUCCAGCAAGACUAUGGGGAGCCCUUUCUGGUUGCCAUGGAAAAGCUGUUCUUUGAAUACCUAUGUCAGCUAGAAAAAGCACUGCCUGCCGUCAAUGCACAAGAGCUUCAGGGUGCUCUCAGUUGGAUUCAGCCCGGCUGUUCAGUCACUUCUUCUGUUGCUUUGCGUCAGUAUGGGAUGGACAUGGGAUGGCCACGUCUAGAGAGCUCUGCAUCUGCCUCAGUGCCUCUGACAGAACCUAUGGAACAGAGUGCUCAUCAGCAAACAAGACCAGCACCCUGCCGACCUCUGCCUAAGGCUAAGCUUGACUUCCACCAAGCAGCUUCACGGGAGCACCUGGAGCAGCUAGCUGGCAACCGCUUUAAUCUGGCCCCUUUGGGAAAGCGAAAAUUCCAAUCCCGGUGGACAUCAGCAAAGGGGUGCCGGAAAGAGCGGCCCACAGUCCUGCUGUUCCCCUUCAGGAACAUGGGCUUACCAGCCCAAGACGUAGCUAACCCUAAGAGCAGGAAAGAAUACGGACUAGACACAGCAGGCUCUGUGGGUGCAGAGGCAGUCUGCAUUGGGAAGGCUAAGAGUCCUGCUCAGUCCCUGGGGAAAAGGGCCUUCGAGGAGACCCCACCCGACUCAGCUGCUGCAGAGCAAAAGGAGAACUGUGUGAAUUGCUACCUGGAUCCUCUGAGACACUCAUCAUGUCCUAGAGCCAAGAAAGCUGUGCAGGCCCCACCCCUGUAUAGGUCUGUCAUUACCAUAGGGGACUUGGUUUUGGACUCUGAUGAGGAAGAAAAUAGCCAGAUGGAAGGAAAGGUGAGUAGGAAGAAGCAGACAGCUGAGACAGAGGAUGGGCAGAGCAAGGCAGAAAUCCAUGGUCAGUGUUUCCAGUUAUAGGAAUCAUACUUUCUUCUCCAUAGGAGUUUCUGAAAAAAUAUCAGAAGACAAAGUUUGGCACCUUUAUCCCCACGUUUUGUGACUACAUCCCAUAGUGUCCUGCCUGUUGCUUCCUGGCUACAUAACAGUUCUAGGGUCCUGUAGCAGUACUGGAAUGUCUCUGCACUCGGCCCAUCUACCUCUGCAGUUUUGCAUGCAGUUUAGUGGAAACGAAGAUAAAGCCCUGACCUGAGUUGCCUGGCUACAUUGCUAAAUGCUUUGUAACUCUUGAGAAUGAAAGCUUUGCUUUUUGUUAACACUGCCAUGAUGGAAGAAAUGGGUCCAUAGGUCUAUGCAAGGUCAUUCCUCAGAAACUUAAGUGGCCUCUCCAGAGCUGGUUGAGCCCCCCCCCCCCUUUUUGUUGUUGUUGUUU